AUGUCUCACCUCACCUACUACGCAUACAAAGACCACGGUGUACGACAAAAGCAUGCUUUUUGGUACAGCCAAGCUGUCCGUGUUGGCGACCGAAUCGAAUGUGCUGGCCAAGGUGGCUGGGAUCCCAACACUGGCGUAUUUGAGAAAGAGAUCAAUGCUCAGAUCGAUUUAGCAUUUGCCAAUGUCGAACGCUGCCUCAAAGAUGCUGGAGGAAAUGGAUGGUCCCAGGUUUACCGGGUGAACUCAUAUCACGUGCCCAUCAAUAACGAGGCUCUGGAGGCGAUGGUGCGCAAUUUCAAGAAGUAUAUGCCUGAUCACCAACCAAUCUGGACUUGUGUUGGCGUCACACGUCUGGGCGAAGACGAUAUGCGUGUCGAGAUUGAGGUUGUGGCCCAUGAUCCUGAAGGGGCUAAAACAGCUUAG